CGCAGCAGUUUGGCAUUUCUUUCGCUGAAGGAUUCAAGUUGCAUGGCGUUCGCAGCUUCAGCUCUGAGAUCGCUUAUUACUACUCGCUUCAUAACUACUCUCCCAAGGGCUGCUACCGGUUGCUGCAGAGCUCCUCUCACCGUAACCUCCCAGCUACAAAAGUAUAGAAGCUACUCGAAAAUGGCGGACGCUGACAACGGUACCGUUGACGUGAACCUGGUCAAGGAUGAGGUUACAAACGAAAUGAUCUCCAAGUCGGAGUACAAGCGGAGAAAGAAGCAGAGGGAGAAGGACGCCGCUAAGGCUGCCAAGGCUGCUGCUGCGCCUGCGCCAACUGCCGCAAAGAAGGAAGCUGGAGCGGCCGAACAGGAGGAGGAGCUGGACCCUCGCAUGUACUUCGAGAACAGGUCCAAGCUUGUUCAGAAGCUCCGCGACACCAAGGAGCCGUCGCCAUACCCUCACAAAUUCGAUGUGUCCAUGUCGAUUCCCCAUUUCAUUGAAAAGUUCUCCUCCCUUGAGCCGGGAGCUCGCCUCGACAAGGCCACCGUGACUGUCGCUGGUCGUCUGCACAACGCCCGUGCUUCCGGGAAGAACUUGAUCUUUUACGACCUGCACGCCGAAGGAGAGAAGAUUCAAAUCCUGGCGUCUACUCAGGACUCUGAGCGGGAUUUCCAGGAGGUCCACAAGUAUCUCCGUCGUGGUGACAUCGUCGGUGUCAAGGGUUUCCCUGGCAAGUCUAAGAAGGGAGAGUUGUCAAUCAUCCCCAAGGACAUCACCCUGCUCAGCCCUUGUCUGCGUAUGUUGCCCAAGGCACACUACGGAUUCAAGGACCAGGAGGCACGUUACCGUAUGCGAUACCUCGACCUGAUCAUGAACCAGAACGUGCGGAACAAGUUCACCACCAGGGCAAAGAUCGUCAACUACCUUCGCAAGUUCCUGGACAAUCUCGGAUUCUUAGAAGUUGAGACACCGCAAAUGAACAUGAUUGCUGGAGGUGCCACCGCCAAACCCUUCAUCACCCACCACAACGACCUCAAGCUGGACCUGUUCAUGCGUAUCGCUCCCGAGCUUUUCCUCAAGCAACUGGUUGUCGGAGGAAUCGACCGUGUGUACGAGAUUGGCAAGCAAUUCCGUAACGAAGGUAUCGACAUGACCCACAACCCCGAAUUCACCACAUGCGAGUUCUACAUGGCCUACGCCGACAUGUACGAUCUCAUGGACAUUACCGAAUCAUUCCUCUCCGGCCUCGUCAAGACCUUGCACGGCGACUACAAGGUCAAAUACCACCCCAACGGCCCCGAAGGCGAAGAGCUUACCCUCGACUUCACCCCUCCCUUCCGCCGCGUGCAAAUGAUUCCCGAACUCGAACGCCUCCUCAAGUGCACGUUCCCACCCGCCACAACCCUCGGCGAAGAAUCCGGCCGCCAAUUUCUCGACGACCUGUGCAAGAAGAACAACGUCGACUGCUCCGCACCCCGAACCUCCGCGCGGAUGCUCGACAAACUCGUCGGCGAAUUCAUUGAAGUCCAAUGCGUCUCACCCACAUUCAUCACCGAACACCCACAAAUGAUGUCCCCGCUCGCCAAAGCCCACCGCUCGACUCCCGGUCUUUGCGAACGCUUCGAAUGUUUUGUUGCGACCAAGGAGAUCUGCAACGCUUACACGGAGCUCAACGACCCCUUUGACCAGCGAGAGCGGUUCGAGCAGCAAGCGGCGGAUAAGGCGGCCGGUGAUGAUGAGGCGCAGCUGAUCGAUGAGGUGUUCUGUAAUGCGUUGGAGUAUGGGUUGCCGCCCACCGGUGGAUGGGGAUUGGGGAUUGAUCGGUUGACCAUGUUUUUGACCGAUUCGAACAACAUCAAGGAGGUCUUACUUUUCCCCGCCAUGAAGCCCGAAACCCAAGAACAGGAGAAGCAACGCGAACACUUCCUCAACAAGCAAGCUGACCCCGCCGCUGAGAACACCGAGGUUGGCGUCAGGACCAACUAGACGCAAUCAUUUCGCUCGCGUAGAAUACAGGAUACCGUGUUUUUCCGUAGUCUUUAGGUUCCGUUGGGAUUUGCGUAGAGUGUGCACCAAACCCUUGUUCGUAUUUGCCUCCUUGACUUCUCACUAUCAUAUUCUUGUAUCAAUGCAUAUCAGCACCAAUUCUCAUCAAAUUUCCUCUGUC